AUGUUUGUCCUUCAAGAGGUUGUAGAAAAUGUCGAUAACAAUAAUAACGAUACAAGAAGAUUUAACAAGUGUUUGGGAAAUAUAAUUAAUAUUAUUGUCUCUUUCGACAUGGGUUGGAGCAAGAGAGGAAAUGGAAGAAGCUACGACAGUCUGAACGGAUAUGGUGCGAUUAUUGGAUUUUUUACGGGCAAAAUCUUGGAUUAUCGAACUCGAAAUAGAAAAUGUCGUAUGUGUGAUCUGGGCCAUUCCGUAAACGAUCACGACUGCAGAAAAAAUUACCAUGGCAGUGCGAAAGCCAUGGAAGCGGACGUUAGAGAAGAACUAAUAAAUCGAAGCAAUAUUCUAAAACAACAAAAUUUAAAUGUCAAGGUUGUAAUCGGAGAUGAAGACAGUACAACGAUGGCAGCUGUAAGGAAUGCAAAUUUAAAAAACAAUGUGACUAAAAAUAUUUAUAAACUGGCUGACAUGAAUCAUGUGAAGAAAAACUUAUCGAAGAAAAUUUAUAAAAUCAAACAGAAAUUUAAACAAUUGAAUAAGAAAGGAUUAAUUUCUCACAUCAAAAAAUGCUUUGCUUACGCUUUAUCUCAGUGUAAGCAAAAUGCAGUAAAAUUGGCAUCUGCUGUUCGAUGUAUACCGAAUCAUUUGUUCAAUCUUCAUGGAAACUGCGACACAUGGUGCAGAAGUAAAAAUAAAAUAAAUCCCGGACUGACGACACAAAAAUUCAUUAUCACAGACGAAAGUUUACAUGCUGAACUGCAAACCAUAUUUAAUAUUUAUGCUGAUAAUGCUUCAAAAUACUGUGUUCCUGCAUCUAGUCAAGCAAACGAAUCUUUGAAUAGCAUUAUAUCCCAUCAGCUUCCAAAGAAUAAAAGUUACAGUACGACAAAUUCCGCCGAUUUUCGCGUUGCAUCAGCUAUUGCAGUGAAGAAUGAAGGGAACUCUUAUUCAACUGAUGUUAGAACCAGACUUGGACUUCCUGAAGCCGAACACCUCGAGAAAUACUGCAAAGAAGUAGAUGUUACUAGAGCAAAAAAAUGUCUGAAAUCUAAAACUUACGAAUUUAAAAAACGAAGAUUGCAACUCACUGAAAAUAGAGAAAAUCUAAGAAAAAAAUUGGAAAGUCAAGAAAGCAUUACUUAUGAGGGAAACAUUGCAUUCGAAAAUAAUUCUCAACUCAUUUGUCUCAGUCCUCUUAGCGAAAAUUCUGCUUUAGCAAUUGAAAAUUGUUCAAUUAUAUUCUUCAAUUUGGAAACAUCUGGACGGAAGAAGACGUCCGAUAUUCUACAAAUUGCUGCAAAAGUAGGUGAAAAAACAUUCUCUAUAUUUAUUCAACCUACUCAACCAGUUGAUGAAGAGGCAUCAAAGAUUAAUGGGUUUCAAAAUAUUGAUAAUGUUUUAUAUUUAAAAGGAAACAAAUGCGUUACAAUUACUAUGAUCGAUGCGCUGCUUUCUUUUUACGAAUUUCUGUCAAGAAAUUCAAAAGGGUGUGUACUGGCAGCUCACAAUGCUUGUUUUGAUGUUUCCUUUUUAAUUCGAGAAAUCCAUAAAUAUUCAUUGGCUCAGGAAUUUCAAAAAAUUAUUUAUGGUUUUUGUGAUACCUUAAGUUUAUUUCGGAAAAAAAUUCCUGAUCGCAAAGGGAAAGGAAUGUUUACCUUGUCCAAAUUAGCGCAAGAUUUUUUGACGAGUGAAGUUUCGCCUGAGAAUUUUCAUGAGGCAUUGUAUGAUGUAAUUGUCUUAGAACAAUUAGUCGUGUCUCUUGCAAAGGAAAACGACUUAUUCCUACAUUCGACAGAUUAUGUUUCUUCAAUAAAUAAGUCGAUUUUAGAUAAGCAAGUAGCCUUGAGAACGAAAUCAUUCCAUCCACUAAAAGGAAAAGUUACAGAUUAUCUUAUAAAAAAACUCGCUUCCUCAGGACUAACAUUCGAAAAUUUAUUAGAAAAAUACAAAGACAGCGGAGAAGAAGGAAUUACUUUGUUACUUACUGAUCGACAGAAUAAUAAGAAACCACUUUUCAACUCGCGACCACUUCCGAGAAUUGGCGCCACCUCCUUGACCACUGACACAUAG